AGGUCUCGACCAAAACCAAAAGGUAAAAGUAAACCUGGUUCGAAAGCACCUAAGAAGGGUAAAAAGCAAGACGCUAAGAAGGGUGACAAGAAGAAGAAGAAGAAGGAGAAGAAGAAAAAGGAGCAAAAAAAGCCAGGAAAGGAUUCGGAAGGCAAUGCAGGAGGUGGUGAAGAGCACGCUGGCGUGGAACCUGGUGGUGUUUUCGAAUUAGCAGAUGAAAAUGAUGGUCCCGAGGACGAGAAACCUGAGACCGACACGGAAGCUCAAAAUCGAGAAGAGGCUUCUAAAAUUGAAGAUGAAACUGGUACACAAGGAAUGAAGGAGGUGACAGAGCUGAAAAAACAGGCCAGAUUCCGAUCUGGCGAAAUCAACAUAAAAAUCACUUCGGAAAAGCUAAAGGUGGGAUAUGUUCUUGAUCUGCAAGAGCUUGAAAGAGGUGAACGGUUAUCAAAAAAACGGACGUUUUGUCGUGUGAAGCGAGCAAUUGUGACGAUGUUUGAUUCACACAUUUAA